GCCGUUGGAGCCUCCCCCGGGGCCGGAGAAGGGUGUGUGACUGAGAUCAGGGCUCUUAUCGUACUGAGCGUGGCUUUGUUCUGACAGCUGCUGCAGAGACCCCAAGUGAAAUCUGGGCCCUGCUUUGCCAGGCACUGAAGAGACCACAGGUGAGAUCAGACCCCACUGUUGUGCCAGGCUACAGAAUAACGUCCACAUUUUGCCCCAAGUCAUCCCCUCCUCCCAGGGGGAAGGCAAUGGAGCUGGCUCAGGCUGCGGAAUAAUGUCCAUGUUUCUCUCCAGUUCAUCCCAUCCUCUCAUUGGACAGGGGAGAGAAAUGGCUGCAGAGGAGCCAGUUCAGGGGCCAGUGACCUUCGAGGAGGUGGCUGUGUAUUUCACCAGGGAAGAGGGGGCUCUGCUGGACCCCACUCAGAGAGCCCUCUACAGGGAUGUCAUGCAGGAGAACUUUGAGAAUGUGACUGAACUGGGGUUUCCAGUUUCCAAACCUCAUAUAAUCUCCCAGCUGGAACAAGGAGAAGAGCCAUGGGUCCCAGACCUCCAGGGUUCAGGGGAAAGAUGGAUCCUGAGAGCCCCCUGCACAGGUGAGGAAACAUUAAACCAGCUCAGAAUCUCAGGUGAUGCAAUGGUAGGUAAGAAAGAGGAGCAGAAUUUUCAGCAGGAAAAUGUCGAGCAAGUGGAUAAACACAGAGCAUUUUCGCAAAAAUCGAAAAGGAAUGUGUCCAGGAGUCAUGAGCAGGGAAACUCCUUUGAGAUUCAGCACAGACCAGAAAGAGAGCAGGGAAACCAGCCAGGAGAGAGAAUGGGUAAAUAUAUUUUCUGCUGGGGAAUUCAGAAGAGCAUCAAAGAAACCACAGCACAGCAGGAAAUCCUCAUGAGACAGAAGAAAAAUACGUGUUGUGAGUGCGGGAAAAGCUUCUCUAGCAGCUCAAACCUUUCUCAACAUCAGAGAAUCCACACAGGGGAGAGGCCCUUUGAAUGCCAUGAGCGUGGGAAAACUUUCACUUACAAAUCAGGUCUUGUUGAUCAUAAGAGAAUCCACACAGGCGAGAGGCCCUUUGAAUGCCGUGAGUGUGGGAAAACUUUCCCUCACAGAUCAGACCUUUCUCAACAUCAAAGUAUCCACACAGAAGAGAGGCCCUAUGAAUGCCGUGAGUGUGGGAAAAGCUUCACUCAAAGAUUAACCCUUUCUAGAAAUGAGAGAAUCCACACAGGGGAGAGGCCCUAUGAAUGCCGUGAGUGUGGGAAAAGCUUCACUCGUAGCUCAAGCCUUUUUACCCAUCAGAGAAUCCACACAGGCGAGAGGCCCUUUGAAUGCCAUGAGUGUGGGAAAACUUUCACUUACAAAUCAAAUCUUGUUGAUCAUAAGAGAAUCCACACAGGGGAGAGGCCCUUUGAAUGCCGUGAGUGUGGGAAAACUUUCACUUACAAAUCAAAUCUUGUUGAUCAUAAGAGAAUCCACACGGGGAGAGGCCCUUAGAAUGCCGUGAGUGUGGGAAAACCUUCCCUCACAGAUCAGCCCUUCCUCAACAUCAGAGAAUCCACACACGGAAGAGGCCCUUUGAAUGCCGAGAGUGUGGGAAAACCUUCCCUCACACAUCAGCCCUUUCUCAGCAUCAGAGAAUCCACACAGGCGAGAGGCCCUAUGAAUGCCGGGAGUGUGGGAAAAGCUUCCUUCACAGCUUUCACCUUUCUAGACAUCAGUGAAUCCACACAGGUAUGAGACCCAAUGGAAGCAGUGAGUGUGGGAAAACCUUGUCUUGCCACUGAGCCCAUGUGAGCCGUCAAGGAAUCUGCACGAGGGAUCAACACUGUAAAACCCUCUAUGGCUAUCAAUACUUCAAUACUUUUCCUGAUUCCCACAGAGUAACUUUUAAAAGCUUUUUGAACUGCUUGAAGCAGCAAUAUCCCUCAGCUUGUCCAGAUGAGUGGCCCAGUUUUGCAUUUUGCAGUUUGACUCUUUGAGGUGGACCCAUUUGUCCUUUCUAUCAACUCCAUUCUCCCAUGAGUAGUUCGAGUGUGCCCUUCUCAUGCUAUAAUUUGCCACUCUGAACCUUAGCAUACAAAAGAUGGGGUACCAGCAUGAAUUCCUCUAAGCUCAAUUACCAGCUUAGGACUUGUAACACUGCCACCAACCAGGAAUUUCAGUGCCUGGUACACUCUGGUCCCUCCAAAACAUUGCCCAGGGACCCCCAAGACCCAGUUCCUCUGGAUCUUAACAAAAGGACAGUAAACCCUUUCCUUCACCAUUGUCUUUCCCAGCCUUCCCCUCCCUGGGUUACCCUGGAAGAUUGCUAUGAUUCAAAUUCCUUGAAUCUUUAAACAGAGAGGAAAAUUUUCCUUCCCCCCUCCUUCUCUCUCCCCCUCCCAGACUCUCCUUGAGAGAGAAAAAUAAUCCUAACACAGAGAGAAAUUAACCUUUCUCUCCCCCUUCCCUCCUUUCUCCACACCAAUUCCCUGGUGAAUCCAGACCCAGUCCUCUGGUGUCUCACUAGAAUAAAGAAAACAAUCAGGUUCUUAAACAAGAAAAGCUGUUAAUUAAAGAAAGAAAAAACAGUAAAAAUUAUCUUUGUAAAUUUAAGAUGGGAUAUGUUACAGGGUUUUUCAGCUAUAGACACUGGGAAUACCCUCCCAGCCUAAGUAUACAAGUACAAAUUAGAAUCCUUUCAGCAAAAUACAAAUUUGAACUCCUUCCAACCAAAUACACAUUUGCAAAUAAAGAAAACAAACAUAAGCCUAACUCGCCUUAUCUACCUAGUACUUACUAUUCUGAACUUAUAAGAACCUGUAUCAGGGAGAUUGGAGAGAAACCUGGUUGCACGUCUGGUUCCUCUGAGCCCCCAGUGUGAACAACAAACAAAUUCUAACAGCACACACUCAAACUUCCCUCCCUCAAGAUAUCAAAGUAUCCUGUCCCCUGAUUGGUUCUCUGGUCAGAUGACAGCCAGGCUCACUGAUCUUGUUAACCUUUUACAGGCAAAAGAGACCUGACAUAUUUCUGUUCUAUUAACUCUUACUUAUCUGUUUAUGACAGCCCUUCCCAUAAGAAACAAGGAAGGAUCAGAUUUAUACUAUUCCUCCUAUUGCAAAGGUACUGUUAGAGUCACCAAUGAUGCGAAUUGUAUCAUUGCCAGUUGUUCUCACGUUCCUUUGGGUUGUGCUGAAGAGCAGUUAUCAUGGGAACUUUCCAAUAUAUUUAAAUGAAGAGGAGCAAGGGCAGGAAAAAAGUAUUAUUUCAGCCUCUGUGAUACUGGAAGGAGAUGUUAAAAGCAACAGAGUCCUGUGGCACCUUAUAAACUAAAAAACGUUUUGGAGCAUAAGCAAUAUACAAAAACCUAUAGGAUAACACUUCAGUCUCCUUGGACACACAAUCACAGAUUUAAAAAUAGCCAUCCUGUAUUCUAUCUCUCUGUGAUGUGGGUUUCUAUCUUUCUUGAUGGCUGUGUGGUCACACAAUUAGAUAUUAGUUCAGCUCAGAUUUAUUGGAGAAUUGAAGACAAAUGAGCAUUUGCUAAAGUCAUCAUUUCUCACUCCAGCUUUGCUUUUCCCCCAUCCUUCCAUGAUGACAUGGAGAAAGUUCAAGUGCAGUUCUCUCAACAGGAGAGAACUCUCCAGUUUACUGGCCAUGCUAACAAAGACACAGCAGUGAUUUAAAAUCUCCACUUGGAAAUGGGUAACAACAGCAGACCCCCCAGUAACUGAGGGAAGUGCAUAUGAGCACAGUGUAGUUCAGUUGUUUAAAUCAAUAUUGUCUCAGUUGGCUGUGUUGGCAGGAGAAGCUCUCCUGCUGAUGUAGCGCUAGCUACCCAGGGGAUUAGAGCUGUGUAACUACGUUGCUCAGCUGUCUCGAUUUUUCACAUCCGUGAGCAAUAAUUAUACCAAUAAAUAUCUGUAGUGAAGAUCAGACAGUUUUUUCUUGUGUUUUAUGCAUUUACAUCACUUCUCCCCUACCUCCUACUACUUUGAAAGAUUUAAAGUGUGACAAGAGAGGUAUUUUUCCUCAGGAUGCAAACAUUCCCACAUAGGAGACGCCUUCCACCAACACGCAUGGCAGAAGAACCAGAGAGAUAUGAACUCUCAGAAGUGCUGGGACAAACCACAACUUGAGCCAAGGUUCAGGCGUUGGAAAUGAGGAUUAAAAGAAAACUAACAUAUAUGACAAGAAUUUGUGAUUUUUGAAUGUGUUAAUGUUACCAAUGAAAAUGAAAUUAUAGGUGGUUAUUGGUUAAAGAGUAAGAGACUAAUUGUUUGAUAAUCUGAAUUAUUUUGGAAAACUGAAAGUUGUCUUGUUUUUUUCUUUUUUUAAUUGUACAGGAAAUGAUGGCUAAUCUUCAAAAGUUACUUUGAUAUAAUUUACCCCCUGUAGUGCAGGGAGUUCUGGUAGAAAACCUCACUCCAAAGGUUGGGGUUGGAGAAUAGGUGUUAGUGUAUAAGAGAAUAUUGGGUCUGUAUAGAUUUUAUUUUUUGUAUUUCAAAUAGAACAUAUUUUGCUUAGCUUCAAAGUCAAUUUCUAUUAAAAGGAAAACUCGAGGAGACAAGUUGUAUAACUUUUUACCCACUUACGCUGUAAGGGUCACUGACUUCCCCACUUCUCUAAUUUGCAAAGGAGAGGCCUGACAUCUGUUAUAGGAUGUGUCCAACAGGUAGGAAAGCUGCAGUUGUCAACCAUCAAAUACCAAGGAAAAGGCUGAAGUCCAUUGUCUUUCAUAUCAAAAAACCAUCCAAAGGCUGGUCUACACUGAAAAGCUAUGUUGACAUGGCCACAUCUCUCAGUAGUGUGAAAAAUCCAGUCCUCUGAGAGAAGUAGUUAAUGUGACCUAAGUCCCAGUCUAGACAGUGUUAGGUUGUCAGAAGAAUAUUUCCAAUGUUUGAAGGGUAGACACAGCCUUAGACAGAUCGAUCCCCUUUGAGAAUCAAGUCAUGACAUCAAUUCCAAUUUUGACCCAUCUCCCUAUACGUGAGAAAGCUUGCUACUAUGGAGGCCUGAGCCAGGUAUCCGAUCACUUGGUUCAACUGAGGGAAAAGGUCUUAGUACCCAUCAGUCCAAAGACUGAGAGAAAUGUUGAGUUCCAACCAUUGUCAUUUUAGUAUCUUAUUGUUCUUCUCUCUGUUUUUUGUGUUGGCCUUUCUGUUCUAUCAGGGUGUGACUGUAUAGCUCAGUGCAUGUGUGAUAAAAGCUCUUUGAUGCCAAUUGGCAAAGAGGUUAAAGUAAUUCACAAGAAACUCCUGUCUCAGACCUGACAAACUCAUCACACCUGAUGCACUAAUUUUUAUGAUAUUUAUCCAGGAAGCUUAGCAGUGACAUCUCUAGUGAAAGCUUGUAAAUUAUUGUUACUCCUGAUCACUGCAAGAGGUGUGUAUGAGUCCUGUUGAAGGAGUCAUGUAAGUAGAUGGAAAAUUAUGCCCAUAUGCUAUUGUCAUGAAAGUGAGUCACCCCAAUCAUAGGUCUUGUUGGGGACAGCCUAGUCAAGUGGGAGGGAAUUGUCACCCGUCCCUUUCUAGCCAGUUACGCGAUGUAUUGCUGCAUUGUCAACCUUUGCACCAGCCCAGAAAAGCCAGUGGAAAACUAUCAAACACAAAUUAUAGACAUCGAAACCCUGUGGAAGUGAAAAGGACAAUAUGACAAUGAGGAAAUGGUCCAUUCUGUGAAUAUACACAAAAGACUGAUUCAGUUUAUGACAGGGUGGAGAGAAACACUCUGGGUCCAUUCACCAAGGAGAUCACUUCUGACCAGUGGUGCUUCAAGAAAGGCAGGGUCAUGGCUCCUAGGGACUAGCUAUCAGUGCAAUAGACUGUCACCUCACACUUCAGUCUACUUAGAUAGGGAAGGGAGCUAUUAAAAAGUGUUGGUUGCA